AUGAAGAUCACGUCAAUCUUGAUUCUCAAGGAUACAGAAGAUGGGGAGCCAGUGUUGCUAGCGAGUGCUACGGACCUUAGCAGUUUCGGCUACUUUCAACGAGGCACGGUCAAGGAGAUGAUCUGGUUUGUUUCGCGAACGAUCGCCAGACGAACACCUCCUGGCCGGCGACAAAGCGUCGAGCACGAAGAGUACUUGGUGCAUUGUUACAACCGUAACAACCUCGUCGGCAUGGUGUUCGCGAGCGCCGCCUAUCCAACCCGCAGCGCCUUUUCCGUGAUCAACAAGGUGCUGGACGACUACGUGGCGGCGAAGGGCGACUCGUGGAUGCAGGCGACGGCGGACGACCGCGAGCAGCACGCGUUCCUCGAGGACGCCAUCGCCAAGUUCCAGGAUCCUGUGGAGGCGGAUAAGCUGAUGAAGAUUCAAAAGGAGCUGGAUGAAACUAAGUUCAUUCUGCACAAGACGAUAGACAGUGUGUUGGAGCGGGGGGAGAAGCUGGACACCCUGGUGGAGAAGAGCAAUGACCUCAGCAUGGCAUCCCAGCUUUUCUAUCAGCAAGCCAAGAAGAACAACCAAUGCUGCAAGAUGGUGUAA